AUGGGAUAAUGUCUCAAUUGUUUUAAGAAGAAUGAAGAAAGCCAUUAAGAUGUUGUUUCUUAACAAACUAAUACUAAUUCUAAACCACUUAAUGAACAUUAAACAGAAACUAUCACUUUCUAUAAACAAAGUAUUGUUCUUACCAAUGAUCCACACAAACUUAAUGUCACAGACUUCAAAUUGAUCAAGACAAUUGGUAGGGGAAAUUUUGGGAAGGUGUUAUUGGUUCGAAAGAGAUCCAAUGGAAAAGUAUAUGCUAUGAAAAUUGUGAAUAAAUAUGAUCUGCAAGUUAAAAAAUAAGUGGAAUAUGCUAAAACAGAAAGAAUUAUAUUGGAAAAGAUUAAUCAUCCUUUUAUAAGUAAACUUCAUUAUGCAUUUUAAACCCCAUAAAAGCUUUAUUAUGUUAUUGAUUUUUGUGCAGGUGGGGAAUUAUUCUUUCAUUUAAGAAGAGCCUAUAAAUUCAAAGAGAAUUAAGUUUAAUUUUAUGCUGUUGAAAUUAUUAUAGCUUUAGAAUAUUUACAUGAUUCUAAAAUCUUAUAUAGAGAUCUUAAACCAGAAAACAUCCUCUUAUGUUAUGAUGGCCAUAUCAAAUUAAUUGAUUUUGGAUUAUCUAAAAUUAUCAGCAAUCGAGAUAAACCAUCCUUUUCUAUAGUAGGAACUCCAGAAUAUCUUGCUCCUGAAAUAUAUUCAGAUGAUAAACUUGGCCAUGAUGAAUCCUGUGAUUGGUGGAGUUUAGGAGCUUUGAUGUAUGAAAUGUUAACCGGAGCUGCACCUUUUUAUAGUCAAGAUCGAACUCUCAUGUUCAGAAAUAGAACUGAAAAACAAACAGAAAUGAAACCUUGGUUUUCUGAAGCCUGUUCGAGUCUACUCACAGGAUUAUUAAAUAAUAAUGUAAAUAUAUUCCAUAUUAUCAGCCUAAAUAAAGAAUUAAUAUAUAAUAAAUAAAAAAACAUCCAUUCUUUUCAGAUAUAGAUUGGAAUUAAGCCUAAAAUCGUUAAUUAGUACCUCCCAUUAUCCCAGAAUUAAAUGAUGAAUUAGAUCUAAGAUAUUUUAAUAAAGUAAUCACAUUAUAAUCGUAAGAUGUUUUUGGAUGAACCUCCAAUAGAUAGUCCAGUAAAUAGAAAAGAAUAAUUUGACAAUUACGAUUAUUUUACUUACGAUUCAGAAGCAAUAACAGAACCUUGA